AUGAACGCUCGUGUAGCACUACGGUGGGCUGGCCGACCCUCACUCGGACCCAUCGCUACCUCAAUUCCUACUCUUCUGACCUUCCAGCGCCAUAAAUCCAGUGGCUGGUUCGGUUUUGGUGGUAGCAAAGAUGAGCGCAAAGCACCAGCAGCAGCUCCGGAGUCCGAAAUUUCAAUUGCCGACGCGCAGUUACAACGCGGAGAUCUUGCAGGAAAUACCCUUUUUGACCAGGAGGAAAUGACCGAAGGCGGCUUUCCCGUCCUCCCAGUUGUCAACCCGCUCAUUAUCGACCCGGAGCGUCACAAGUGGACAUGGCCGAAGCGCGCCGACGCCCGCGAGCAUCGUCGCCGCGGAAGGCUUUCGAAGAAAGAGCAGAUCAUGCAGACGGAGAAGGAGCUACUGGCAAAGUCACACAUGUUCAAGACGUCACUGAAGAAGCUUGGUCCUAUUGCGAGGCAGAUCGCUGGCAAGAGUUUGGACCAUGCAAUUACGCAGAUGAAGUUCUCGCCGAAGAAGGCGGCCAGGGAUGUACUGGGACACUUGAAGCAGGCAAAGAACGAGGCUAUUCUCCACAGGCGUAUGGACCCUGGGCAGACAUAUAUUGAGCAGGCGUGGGUUGGGAGGGGGCCUUUUGAAUUCGCGUCGAGUCAUAGGGCGAAGGGACGGAUCGAUAGGCUGAGGCUGCCGUAUACCAGUCUUACGGUUGUCCUGAAAGAAGAGAAAACGAGAAUCCGGAUCAUGAAGGAGAAGGAGGAGAAAUAUAUGCGAAAGAAACCGUGGGUACAGCUCCCGAGUAGGGCUAUCUACGGCCAAACGCAGUAUUACAGGUGGUAA